CGGCAGAGAAAGGCAGUGAAAUCAAAGGGGCUGACCUUUCCCUAGAGACACACAGGACACCCUCAUCUGAAAGGCUGAACAAUGUCAGAUUUUGACAGCAACCCCUUCGCGGACCCGGACUUCAGCAAUCCCUUUCAGGAUCCUUCGGUGACGCAGGUGACCCAGUCUGUCCCUCCUGGUGGUCUGGAGGAGUAUAACCCUUUCACAGACGCCAGAACGGCAGCCCCUGGAAAUGCUUCCAAAACUACUCCUACUGCACCUUCCCAGAACACGCAACCUGCCAUCAUGAAGCCCACAGAAGAGCCGCCGGCUUACUCACAGCUACAGACUCAGGACCAGGCACGUGCUCAGGCUGAGUUGUUGAGAAGGCAGGAGGAGUUGGAGAAGAAAGCAGCAGAGCUUGAUCGUCGGGAGAGAGAGUUACAGUCCCACGGAGGUGCAGGAGGACGCAAGAAUAACUGGCCCCCGCUGCCGGAGAAAUUCCCCGUCGGGCCAUGUUUCUACCACGACAUCGCUGUGGACAUUCCCAUAGAGUUCCAGAAGACCGUUAAGAUCAUGUACAACCUUUGGAUGUUUCAUGCAGGCACGCUUUUUGUGAACAUGUUUGGCUGUCUGGCCUGGUUCUGUGUGGAUGCCACCCGUGGUGUAGAUUUCGGCCUGGCCAUGCUAUGGUUCCUGCUGUUUACCCCCUGUUCCUUUGUCUGCUGGUACAGACCGCUUUACGGGGCUUUCAGGAGCGACAGUUCAUUCCGCUUCUUCGUCUUCUUCUUCGUCUAUAUCUGUCAGUUUGGAGUUCACGUACUUCAAAGUAUUGGCAUCACUGGCUGGGGAACAUGUGGUUGGAUCGCAGCUUUAACUGGUCUGAACACCAGUAUCCCAGUGGGCAUCAUCAUGUUACUCAUCUCAGCUCUGUUCACUGCACUGUCUGUGGGCUCGCUCAUCAUGUUUAAAAAGGUGCACGCACUGUAUCGUACUACCGGUGCUAGUUUUGAGAAGGCCCAGCAGGAGUUUGCAACCGGGGUCAUGUCUAACAAGACCGUUCAGACUGCAGCCGCCAACGCUGCAGCUAAUGCUGCGUCCAAUGCUGCCCGCGGGGCCUUCAAACCUCAUCCAUAAACUGACACUCACAUACAUACACACAUGCUCACACAUACAAACAUAUGCACACACAGUCAAAAGUUGGAGAUGCACAACUCUGGCCCUGCUGGUUCUUAGAUCAAAUUGAUUCUAUUUAUGAAAGCCAUUAUGCUAAGAUGGCCCUGCAGACUUUGUUAAAAAGGUGUAAAGAGUCAGAGAGCAGAAAUAACAGAAUUACAGGCAGAUAAAGUGGCCAGAGUUGUCCAUCUUCACUCACAAUCAAAUAUAAACAAACUCUCCUACAUCUACCCUGUAAGCUUUUCAGUCAGGUGACUGUCUGCUCACAUCCCUCGAAACAUCAACUAAGUGACUCAAGGUUUGUUCCCAUUGUGUGGGAUUUCAUCUCACACUCUCUUUAAGCACUCCUUCGCUUUCCUUGUUCUUCUGUCUCCUCGAGGUGAUCCUAGGCCAGGCAGAGGUCGACGUACUAGCAUACCUUAUUUUUGUCAUGGUGAUGAUGACCUCCAAGCAGCUUUUACGCCUGGUAAAUACAGGAUUCAUGAAAAGUGAUAAUCUGACCAUGGUGUUUUGCACAUAGUUCUGUUUUCUUGCUCACAUACCGAAAGUACAGUGCAUGUUUGAACAGGUGGGCCUGCGUGUGAAUGUUUAUUUCACUUUGAGAAAAAUUGUGGCUCUGGCUUGUUUUGUUUUUUUGGGUUUUUUUUGAUAAUCCAGUGCUUAGUCAUUGAGAUCUGAAAGGUAAAUUGUAACUCGUCAUAUAUCAGCGCUUCUAGUCUGAGACAAAUACCAUUUUGAAUAUGGUAAAACCUCAUUAAUAUAAAUAGGAAUAUGUCUAUAUGUUCUUAUUUAAGGGCCUUCCCGCAGUGCUCCAGAGAUAACUGUGAGUUGAACAAAUAUUCCCACUCUUUAUGCUACUCUGAUUGGUGAUGUGUCAGUAUUUCUGUGGUUUACUAAGAUUUGACAGCAUGGUAAUGACGUGCGUUUUUAGCACACUCAACAAGGUAGCUAUUUCUUUGGCAAAGUCAUUCUAUCCACUAUUAAUUAGCCUUUUCUCUGGCUACAGGGGUCACCUGUUCGGCGGUAAUACCUGCCUACUUAAAAUCUCUCGGUUUAUGUGAGAAAAUGAGCUGUAAGGUUAUUGCAUGUCCGGUUGGCUGUUUGACUGAUUGAUAAUGUACGGAUCUAUUUGUAAAGACCCACUGAACGUCCAGGUCAGGUCAGCGGUUCUCACCUCAAAUGUAAAAGAAGUCUGUAAAAGUCAUGCCAUGGUGCACUAGAAUGGGGGAAAAACUGGGGAAAAGUAUUUGCAUUUUCCUUCAUGUAUGUGUGACAUUAACAGACUACUAUGUGGCUCUAUCUCAGUUGUUUUUGUAGCUCUUCACACUUGGUUAAAAACUAACGCUGCUAUAAAUUUGAGUCACUUGGUCGUGGCCUCCUGUUAUCAUGUUUCCUUCUGAAAACGACACAUAUCUUACUGUCACCAAACAGGCCAACAGAAGCGAGAGGGAGAACUGAGAGAUGUGACCUGCCUUUUCUCACAGAGGAUGACUUGGAUUAACACACAUACAUAAAAUAGUGUAAAGAUUGAUAUUAUGUGUAUGUGAUCUGAACAGACUGUCAAAUACAGUCUGUAUUUUUAAAUACAAAAAAUCAAUCCAUUGAAUUUCCUCUUGUAAGUAUCAGAUUAUUGGCAUCAGAACUUUCUUAGCCAAAAUGAGCAUUAAGCUAACUAAGGACUGACGCAUAUUCAGUGAUAUCAGAUGCAUUAAUUUAUAUACAAUGAUAAUGGUGUUAUUCAGCACAAAGUUGUACAGACUGUCACUGAGAAUAUGAAUGUGGGUUGCAUUUGUGUCGUGCUUUUGCACUUCUCAUAGUGUUGGUGAGUGUCUGGAGAUGUGCAUGAUAGACGACUGAUGACUGGUGCCGCUGUUAUUAUACAUGUGUGGGACUGAGCAUUUCAGUGGACGAAAUACUCCUGCGAGUGUUACAAAGUUGAAGGUCAGUAAUUGGAAAUGACAGGCCUACAUCUUGGCAGUAUUUUUCUUGUUUGGAAACAUUUUUUUGUUUUGUUUUAAAUUCAUUGCACAUUUCUUGUUUUACGUUGAACCUAGUGCAGAAAGCAACAUGUUUUUAUUUAUGGUGUAAUUUAAGUUGUUUGAAUCUCCAUUUUAUGUGGUUUGAUUUUACAUAAUGUAUUAUGUUUGUGUGGUUUUGUAAUGACAUGAUCAUAGCAUCAGCUAGAUUUUAAAAAAGUGUUCAAUGUUAAUGACUUUGCAACUGGAUCCUGCAAGAGGUGUGCGUGUGUGGAUGAAGAUCUAUGAAUGAUUGUUAUGAAAGGAAAAAGAAAAAUCUCCCUCAAGUGUUAUUCUACUGUAUGUCCUGAAAAGCUGUGAGAAAUCUACCAAAUGUCCAUAUAGAUUUGUUUUUAAAUCUUGGUUUGUGAUGUGUUCCCUUGCCAUGUCUUACUUUAAGAUAUUACACACUUUUUUUCUACAUACACCCACAUGAUUCCCAUGUAGCUCUAGUUUUAAACAGUUGUCACAUGAAGCCAAGCCACAGUGGGUAAUCUCUUGAUCUAUUUGGCAAGAGCUGGUCUACAGUAAAGAACGUGUUUUAAGUUUGCUAACACAUAACUGUGUUUUUGACCUGUGACCAUGUUAUUUCACUGAAUCAGAGAAGAAAAUCAUUUAAAAGGGACACUUGUACAUUUUGUAAAGUUGAAAAUUUGAUCCCCAUAAUCAAUCACAUGUAAAAAGAAAACGUAAUGCACUCUUGUCUGGCCUUUGUCGCAUGUGAAAUAGUUUGAGUUUUGUAUAUUUAUGGUAUUAA